AUGCAACCCCAUCCCGUUACCGGGAAAUUUAACACGACAGCUUUUACCGCCGAGGCUGGUUGGCCUGAAGCUAGGGCACAGCAGGAAAAAGUCCAGGUUGCCCGAGCUCCAUUUCCUUCCGAUGUCAUCUCUAUUGUCAUGCGAAGAUGCAGAAAAUUUGAUGUCGAAAUGCGAUCCCUGAGCCUUUCGAACAAUCGAACAGUCGAGGCCUGCGACAUUUAUCUCCCAGAUGACAGAUUCCCGUCAACGGCGUGCAGGAUUGUUGUCAGCCGAGUCCGGUAG